CUUUCUUUCUCCCAGCAAUAGCCAUAUCUACUUGCAAUGUCGUCAUAUCUCUAUAUCUUCCGCAACUUGACCUUUUCCCUCUGCCUGACCUUCAGUCUCGCUAACAUCGGGCUUGUGGCAUAUUGGGCCACUUCAUUCCAAGAUACGCUGUUGGACUUUGAGAUUGUUGGGCUCCUUGCAGGCGGGUUGUCUGCUUUGGUGUUCCCCGUCUUCUUGAUCGUUUCGGCCAUACGAAAAAAUGCCGGGAUCACCAUGAUAGCCGUUGAAUUGUCCGUACUCCUCGUGAUAUGGGUAUUAUGGUUGACCAACUCAAUCCUUGUUAUGCAAUGGGGCCAACUCUUCUAUCCCUUCGGAUGUAGUGUCCUCUUUUCGCCAGCCAGCGAUUGGUGCACAGAGUUCUUCGCGAUUGAAAAAUUAUCCAUCGUGAUCUGGGUGUUCCUUUUAAUCUAUUGGCUUACCAUUCUGGUAUCCGCCGUGGUCAGUCAAUCUCGGGGCAACAGCAAGGUGUGGACAACUCCGGUGAAAGAAGCCGUCUUCUUCCCACAGCAAGCCAUUAGCAGCGGCAGCGGCAACAAGACGGUGCAUGAAAUGGAGGAAGGGACUGCGGCUGCUAGAGCUUCCAACAAAUCUACCUGGGAGGAAGCGCCAAUCAAGUAACUGGUCCUUGUCCUCAUCUUUCGCUUCGAUCCUGCACUCCCCGACUGUUUUCAUUGUUCAUCUAUUUGUAACCAUAAAGACUGGUGUAGACCACUCGUCUGCACGAAUGUACUUCAUUUGUCCUCUUCUACCCUCCCUUAAUGGUGAAUCGUUUGUGCCCUGAUGG